AUGUCUCGACCUGUACCACCACGCUGGUUCGCUCCCUCCUCCAUCCCCCCGAUUCUCCUCCUUACUGUCGUAACGUCGUUCGCCUUCAACCACGCCCUCAUCACCACCCAGCGCAAACAGGACCUGCGAGACCACCGCAUACGCACCGCUCUACUCCAAGAUACCAUCGACUACAACACACGCUUGCUCCUACACCUCGCUCCUCCAUCACCCAAGUCGUCCUUGUUCAGCUCUGCCUCCCGCAAGCAGGUAGCGAAAGAAGUAGGGCACGAGCAAGAGUGGAUCGCGGACGAGCGCGAGGCGCUGCUCAGACGGUGGAAAGCGCUCGGUUUGGAUCCCAUGCCCUUCCUCUCAUCUUCCUCCGCAGCUCCUGCCACGACGACACAAGAGGAGUUGACGACGCAACCAAGAAAGGUCGGCCCAAGCGACGUCACCUGGUCCGAAAUUUUCUUGGGCAACAAAGAAACCCGUUCCACUCUGAAGCAGAGAUGGCAAAAAGUCACCGCAGGCAUCAAAGACUCUUUCGGCCAGCUCAGUCUGUCGUCAAACAAGCCAUCACAAGAUCAGUCCAAGGACGAGGAAGACGAGGAGCUGCAGCAACUGUCUCAACUCUGGUCCGAGUUCUCCAAGCAGUCUUCUUAG